CAGAUCAUUUGGCAAGAUUGGGGCCUUAAUUUUAAUACCAUGAGUAGUCCCAUUGAUUGGACUAUUCACCAUAGUAAAGUUAAGCACAUGUGUAAGUGUUUGCAAGAUCGGGGUCUUACCUUUAAUGCUAGUAGUGCAAAAUUCUCCCCAUCCAAUUGCCUGGGGAUAGUAAAUUUUGUAUGAGGAAGUAAAUUUUUUCAUCAUCAUUAUGUUUACAUUGAUCAUUGGAGAAAACUUCACAGACGAUGGAGGACUCACUGCAUGAAGACUCUCAGCCAUGGUAUAAUCAACAAGUAUAUGCAAGAUACUGGAAGCAUUACAACCAAGCCAUGCACUGGAUGUACAAGCACAAAAAUGCCUACAGGAAAGCCAUGGAGUCCUUUUAUCAUCUGUCAUGGUAUCCAUCCGAAACCUUUCCCACAAGCCGUUACUCGGAUUGGGAUGGAGGCAACCCAUCAGAUGCUGACAACUAUUCUACCUACACUCCAAACAGCAGAGCGCGAUACCCAGGUGCCCAUUGCAGUUCCGGAGUGAGCAAGGAUAUGGGCAGGGAUUCUGAAAUGGAGAAGGAUUCUGAGUCUGAAGAGGAGAUAGAAUGUGACCUGAGCAACAUGGAGAUCACAGAGGAGCUCCGCCAGUAUUUUGCACAGACAGAGGCGCACAGGCAGGAGUUACGAAAGCAGCAGCAGCUUGAAGCCGAGCACCAGGACAUGUAUGUCGAAGCUGAUCAUGACCUGCACCUAACAACACGACGUUCGGUACAACCCCCUGCAGAAAGACCCGGGGAGAGACGUAUGGCUGAAAUGAAGAAACUCUAUGGUGUGGGUGCUGCCAAAAUCCAAGCCAUGGAGACUGCCAUGCAACUUACCUUUGAUAGGAACUGUGAUAAAAAGCAGCCCAAGUACUGGCCUGUUAUCCCCCUGAAACUGUGAGCGUACUAGCAGUCGAGCGCUGCAGCUGUGGGUGCCCAAUCAGGCUACACAGCUCAGUGAAUGAAUCAGGGGUCAUCACUUGUUCUCCUUUCCCCUCCUGCCAAGCACACUCCCCCUCUUCUUAAUCUGUCUACCAGAGUUUUCAGAACCUACAGCAUCUCCACAGGGAAAUGCUAAAGUAUUGAUUUGUACUGUAGGGAUAGUGAAAUUUUACUUCUUUUUAAAAUAUAUAUUUUCACUAAUUUAAUGUUGGUCUGCCUUGACCAUGCUUGCAGGAAAUGAAAUAGCAUUUGUUUGCGCUUAGUGAGCUGGGAAGACUGUUCAGCAACACAAAAAUCUCUACAAAUGAUCCACUUAUUUAUUAUUUUUAAUGUAGUAGCCUUGAGAUCCAUUUUAAUACAGUACAGCUUGAAGUGUUAUGAAUUCUGAACCCUCAUCCUUGAUUUGGGGAUCCUGCAGUCAAUUGGCCAAGGUACAAAAUACUAAAUUACUAUAGCACGGCCAUUUGAAAGCUCUUUAAAAGCUUUAUAAUAAGGCAGGGAUUUUUUAUUCCACUCUGAAACUUGGCAGGCAGAAUUUCAAUCCAGAAGCAAACUUAUAUGAAAACAUUAAAAAAGAAAUUUUGGCCAUUUUUAUUAUACAAUUGUUUGGCAUGGUAGCAAAAAUGUCUAAUAGAUUUGAUACGUAAAAAAAAGGAAAAUUAAACCAGCGGAGAGGAUUAGGUUCCAGUUCUGUCACCCUUCACUCACACUGAGUAGUGUCUUACUCAACUAAUAAUUUCAUUGAUUUGUGAACUCAAUGAGUAAGCAAUACUCACUAUGAAUAAAGGAGACAGAAUUGAGCCCUUAAUGUUGAAAAGUGAGUACUCUGGAUAUGUAAUCGUGAAAAUCCUUCUGAAAAGCAGCUGUGUGUCACUAUUGUAUACUUAGUUUGCACCAAAACAAAUCUUCACCCAAUCAAAGUAAUACUGACUUCAGACAUUUUUCUGUAGAAAGAGUUGUGUAAAGAAUAUGAUGAUUAAAUGGCCUCUCUGUAAUAUGCAGUAUUUCCAUGCUACAUUAUAAGUGGUUCCAAAGAAACAUAUUAGUGACUUACCUGUCAUAAACAUGGGUGACCCGUUUUUGGGGUAGAGAAGGCUGAGGCUGAAGUUCCAACCGUUUAAUUUGCUCUAGCUAUGUCCUGUACUUGCCUAUAUGGUCUAGCCCAGCGGUCCCCAACGCGGUGCCCGCGGGCGCCAUGGCGCCCAUGGGGGCAUCUUAAUGCGCCCGCGUCCUGGCCCCCGGGAGGGCACCCGCCGAAAUGCUGCCGAAUUUCAGCGGCAUUUCGGCGGGGACGCCUCUCGAUGAUGACGCUUGUCAACGACAAGUGAUGUCAUCGAGAGGCGUCGCCCCCGAAUUUCGGCAGGGGCGCCUCUCGCUGACGCUGCUUGCCGUCGACAAGUGACGUCAUCGAGAGGCGUCGCUCCCGAAUUUCGGCGGGGACGCCUCUCGAUGACGUCGCUUGUCGACGGCAAGCAGCGUCAUCGAGAGGUGUCGCCGCCGCAAUUCGGCAGCAUUUCGGCGGGUGCUCCACCGCCGCAGUGGUCCUUCGGCUGGCACCCGCCAGCCAAAAAGGUUGGGGACCACGGGUCUAGCCGUUGUAGCAUGUGUGGGAUAUAAUAAACCACAUUAAUCUCUCUGCCCUUUGCUAUAUCCUGGUAGACCAGAACAAAUUUCAGAUUUAACUUUGAAUGUCCUUGUUCUUAUCACUUGGUGUUACAGCUUCAAAAGUACUUCAUUUUUCAUUCUAACUGAAUAUAACAUGCAUAACAUGAAGUGGUAAGAUUGAACUCCUUAAAAUUAAAAGCUUCCAGACUCCAAGACUCAUUACCGAUGUAAUUGAACUAACAAGCUUCUACACAGGGAAAAAAAUAAGCUGGGGUUGUGAAAUGUAAUCCUGCAUUUGGUGUACUUUAAUUUUGUCAUGGUAUGUAUGUUAGCGAUCGACUAUGAAAUAUCAGGAAUUAGUGUUUUUGUUAGGAUCUCUCUUGGUUGACAGAAUAAACUUUUAUCUUCUCAUAAAAA